AUGACUGUGCAAAGUCCCUACCAGCGAAGCACCCCCUUUCUGCACCGCACCUGGCUUCGGGGAGUCAAGGCUCUCCAGGAUUCGUCAGUCAUGGGAAACAUCAUGACCUCGCCCGCCCACAAGGGCAGCUACCAAGGGGACGGCCACGGCCCGCGUCCGACCAAGCGCCGUCGUCUGUCCUCCUCUGGCUCGCUCGACGUGGACCGCCUCAUCGCCUCGCCGCAGACGACCGAGUCCGGCCCGAUACUGCGCAUCGAGGUCCUCAAGUUGCUGCACAAAGACUCCAAAAAGAUCAAGUCGUAUCAGGCCACGGCCAUGCCGCGCGAUGUGCUCACCACCAAGGCCAACUGCCGAAUCACCAUCCAGGACAUGGCCCAAGCAACUCCGCGAGUCCUGCACUGCCAGAGCCAGCCCUGCAACUUGACCACGUACAAGAACCCCGUCGGACCUCAUCGGCUCGCCCGCGUCGACCUGCCCCAUUCGUUUUAUGUGCCCAAGGACAGCAUUCUCGUCAACAGGCCGGACGACAAUAAGCAUGACCUCUCCGACUCGUAUCAGCUUCUUGUCGAGCUGGAAACCACCGACGGCCUCGGCUGGCCGCCGCUUGACCCGCACGACUUGGGUGUUCCGACGAGCGCCUUCCAUGGCCGCGGCACGAACCAGCAUUGCAUCUUCUCUAGCCGCUUUGAUAGUGUCAUCGGCAGGCUAAAGCAAGGGCUGAGUCUGUCGACGAGCUAUCCCUCGGACCAAUCCGCUCACCAGACGAGCUACGUCAUGGACGUGGACUUGCGUUGGGCAACCGGGUUCAAAGCCUUGAAGCGCCCCUUGGACAAGGAUUCCAAACCCUGCAUCACUGCCAUUGAUCCGGACGCCAUUCGCUGCACCGGCACCAGCUUCGAUCCUGUGGCGGAUCACGCGGCAACCGGCCAUUUCGGCGGGGACAUGUCUCAUGAAAACGAAGACGAUCUUGCCGGCGAUCAAACGCCCUCUCGAUCUCUCCGCAUCCGCGAGAAGUCAAAAGUCUACAAUCUGAAGGUCUUGAGCGACCAAGCCCAGGGCAGGGAUCGAAAGAAGCGGGAAAGAAGCGCCAGCGCGGCGGAGAAUGAGGGGCGAGUGCAGUAUCUCUUGCCCACCGACCAACCCGUCUGCCUCGAUUUCCACCGCUGUAUCAGCUGCGGCGCCUAUCACGAAUCCAUGCCGCAGCUCCAACUUCACUUGCAAACUUUUCACCCCGCAUAUUCGUAUUCGCUGGAGACGACGAGUCAAGGUCCCCAGUUUCGCGUCUCCUCCCUCCGAGAAUCGUUCGCAACACCAGGCAAGAGUCAGGCGCGCCAGGCGAAAGCCUUCCACCUAGCGACUGUCCUGCCAGACGAUCAUCUCCAUCACCCGGCGAAUGCAAAUCGCAAUUUGUUCGGAUCCCCAUCGGCAAGAGUCCACUCGGUGAGGCUACCAUCCGCCUCGCCGACCCCCAGCGGACCGAGGGCUUCGACGCGCCGCAUCGCGAGGCCGAUACCGAGGAGGCCUUUAGUUCCCAACAUCCCUCAGCCGCUUUUCCAUCCCAUCAGCAAGGCACGGUUGAGCCCUGGACAGGAAGUACCCUGCAUCACGCCGGAUGACACCUGGCUCAUCCAAAAACACCGCGAGAGCAUAGCUGAUUUCUCCGAUGUCACGGCCGCCGAGAAAGAGUACAUUUGGGAAUGGGAUGGCUAUAUCCUGCGGAAGAACGUCACGUCGACGGCCUACUUCCCACGCGCAUGGCUCGGUUUUGUGCGGGAGAAGGCUUCAUGGCUGGUCGAGGAGCCACGUCGGAUGCUGGAAUUCGGGAAGCACGCGAGCGUAUUGCUAGCUCGCGACGUGCUGGACAACAGGAUCAUGGAUGAGGCGUUGGCCUUUAUCAACGCAGAAAGGGCAAGUUCGCAUGCGACUCUCGAGGAGCAGUCGAGUGGGUGGACGAGCUUUCAGGGUGCAGACGGAGCCGUGGUGAAGUCCCCCAGACCAUCACAGAUUCGUAAGGGCAGCAACGGCUGUGCUGUGUGCCAGCUUCCAGUUCGUGGACCGACGACGCUGGUCUGCUCCAACAAGGUGCGCUCCCCUGUCGGCAUCUAUUUCCGGUCUGGUGAAUUGUUGUUGACAUUGCCACAGUCUUGUUUGCGCCGUCUGCACCAUUCCACGUGUAUCGAGAAUGAAGCCAAGAUGCCGGCGACUCGGUACGAUUGGCUUUGCAAUGCCUGCUGCGACGCCGCCGGUUCGGCCUAG